GUUUAUAGUGUGAAAAGCAAACGCGCGUUUGUUGACCGGCACAGUGAACAGGAUAGGAACAAAAACAACAAGCUACGGGCGGGCUGUGUGUGUGUUUUUUAAAUACUCUCUACUUUAAACGCGCGUUUCGUGAUGAAGAUUGCGAUCGAAGGAUGUGCGCACGGUGAGCUGGAGAAAAUAUACGACCUGAUCGGCUCGAUACAGGAGGAGCAAAACAUUACGGUCGAUCUGCUGAUAUGCUGCGGAGAUUUCCAAUCCACGCGCAACCUGCAGGAUCUGCAGUGUAUGGCCGUCCCGCAGAAGCAUUUGGAUAUGUGCAGCUUCUACAAGUACUACAGUGGGGAGAAGAAGGCACCCAUCCUAACGCUGUUCAUCGGAGGCAACCACGAAGCGUCCAACUAUCUGCAGGAGCUACCCUACGGUGGCUGGGUAGCGCCCAACAUUUAUUACCUCGGCUAUGCCGGCGUGGUCGACUGCAACGGCAUCCGGAUCGGGGGCAUUUCGGGCAUCUACAAGGGGCACGACUUUCUGAAGGGCCGGUUCGAGUUUCCACCGUACGACGAGGGCAGCAAGCGCAGCGUUUACCACCAGCGCCAGAUUGAUGUGUUUCGGCUGAAGCAACUUUCGCCCGGUGUCGACAUAAUGUUGUCGCACGACUGGCCGCGUGGCAUUACGCGGCACGGCAACGAGACGCAGCUCCUGCGCUUCAAGCCCGCCUUCCGCGAGGACAUCGAGAGCAACCGGUUGGGCAGCAUGCCGUGCGAAGAGUUGCUCCGCAAGCUGCAACCACCGUACUGGUUCGCGGCACAUUUGCACUGUAAAUUUGCGGCCCUCGUGGAACACCCCGGGGAGCGGUGUACAAAGUUCCUAGCGCUCGAUAAGUGCUUGCCGAAGAGGCGAUUUCUGCAAAUCCUAGACAUUCCGAUCGCGGAAGAUGGGGACGGUGGCGAGGCGAAACCCGUACAGUUGAAGUACGAUCUCGAAUGGUUAACGGUACUGAACCUUACCAAUCAUCUGAUCAGCAUACGCACCACCAAUGGGUACAUGCCGGGUGAAGGCGGUGGUGGUGAACGAUUCAACUUUACACCGUCGGAGGAAGAGAAAGCGAAGGUGCUGGAACGGUUCGGCAACGAUCUGACCAUACCGGACAAUUUCGUACGAAUAGCCGAACCGUAUCAACCGAAUGAGGAUGGUACGGUCGAUAUGCGGUCGAUAGAGCAGCCGCAAGCAUACUUAAACCCGCAGACGACGGCCCUUUGCGAUAAGCUCAAUAUUGACGAUCCGCUGCGGCUCGCGAUGCUGAUGACGGGCCACAAGCUCAACACGUCCACGUACGUCGAUCGGCAGUGUGAUAAGGAGGAGGAGGUACCGGUCAAAGCAGCGACGCGAGUUCCGAAUGCCGACCAGCUCGAGCUUGGCGAUGAGGACGACGAUGACGAAGCAGCUGUGGAGAUGGAAAAAGGAAUAGAACCGUUAGAAAGCUCACCAGACAAACCGCAAACACCGGUACAACCGAAACUAUCGCUUUCCUCCCUAUUACCUGAACCGAAAUGGCGACAGGAUGCGCACGAUUCGGACCUGUCGACCACGCUGAAUGAUUCCACGCCGAACUGCAGCUUACUAAGCUUGCCAACGCCGCAGAAAACCGGGGACAAUGAUACGUCCAUCCUGUCCGAGUCGGCACUAGCGGUGAACGAUUUGAAUUUGUCCAGCCCGGUACAGCAGCAGGAGCAGCAACAGGACAAUCCGCCCGUGAAGAAAUUUAAGCGAAGAAAUGAAACCAUCUACGCAAAGGACGAUAGUGACUGAGGCGGAAGGAAGAAAAACGAUAGAUUAAAUAAAUGGAAAACAAUCUGAACUUGUA